AUGUCAACAAAUAGUAACCGAGAUAAAAGAAGAAAAGGAAAUAGUAAAGACAAGCAAACCAAUAAUCGAAGUAACGAAUGUUACAAAUGUGGAUCACCAGGUCACUUUGCUCGUGAUUGCACUAGCGGUGGAUCGCGAAAGCCUCAGGAGACGACACACAAACCUCGACCUAGUCCACAUGAGAUUGAAGAAGACCAGCUCAAAACAUUAUCGAAUAAUUUUAAUUCAGCUGAAUUGUCUUAUGGAGGAUCUGAUAAGAUCGUUUUUACUCCAUUAGGAGAUGAGCUUAAAAAUGCAUGGAAAAGAUUUAUGAAAAAAGAUUUGACACAUCAACACAAAAUGAGGCACUUUAUUACAUCAUGCCUUGCAGCAAUGGACAAGCAGGAAGGCGAUAAAGUUGAAGAGCUUGUAACGGAGUUAGGUCAGCCUGAAGGUUUGAAGCGUAUAAGGGAAAUCGUCAUGUUUCCUAUGUCAGUGGAUGCGGGACUUAGCGCAUCAAUUGCUUCUUUUCAACGUGUGAUAUUGCCAUUCAUGGCGCUUUUAACUCGCACUGGAAUUACAGAAUGUAUUGUGGAGAAAUAUGUUCAUGCAGUAUUUUAUACUGUCUAUUCAAAUCUGGAUUCAUUUAUGUAUGAAGGAGUUAUUGAUAAGUUAGAGAUUCUAGUUAAAAGAAAUAAUAUUGUUGACAAAAAAAUUAGCCAAUCAAAGUUGAUUGAAGAUGACGCAGUUGCAUUCAUACCUACCUCAAUGGGCCAAUUCUUUUUGGUCAUAGUCAGAUUGUGCAAUGUAUUUAUGAAGCGUAUAAAGGAAGCGUCGAUUAACGAAACGAUGUACAAAAUUGUAGAGAAAAUCGAACAAGCUAAAAAUUUGUGGCAAAAUACUCUUCAACAAGAUAUUGGAAACACAUAUAAUGAACCACUUGCCUCUGAUGUUGUGCUUAGGAAAUAUUUUUUCACAAUCCUUGAUAAGGAAAUAGACACCAUGAAGAAAAUGUUGAAUUAUCGUCAACGCAACUUGCUGUCUCAAGAAACUCAUACAGUUUCAUCUACACAUUAUGAAAAAUUGGCUAAAAAGAUGGCUUUGAUGAUUGAUUACGAUCCACCAGGUGAACUUUCCAAGAAAGGACCACGUCAUGAUAAUGAUUUCAGUGAAGUAUCAAAAAUUUCGAUUAUUCCAACUAAGAAUGAAAUAUUAUGCGAUCGGGAACCAUUUUUACCAACAACGAAUAUGGAUGACACCUUGCAUCAUCUACCGAAAGGUGCAGAACGCCUUCUUGACUCACAGUUUCGUCUUCUCAGAGAAGAUAUGAUGUGUCCUAUACGCCUUGGCAUUGAAAAUUUCAUUAAAUUUAUCUCGGAAUCAGCCAAAAAUCACGCAAAAAUCAAGAAAUUACAAGAGCAUGGUGGAAGACACAAGUAUGAAGACAAAAAAGGCAUGGAAGGUGGCGACCUAAAUGUAUAUGCAAAUGUUCAUUUUUCUGCUGUAAAAAUCAAUAAAAGGCGAGGCUUUUCUUGCCAAAUGGGGUUUACGCAACCUCCAAUGCGGCGUAAUUCAGGAAGUCGAUUACAAUAUUGGAACAAAAGUGGAAAGCUUAUGAAUGGAAGUUUAGUCUGUCUGCUUUGGCCAUCCGGAAAUAAUUCACCUAAUAGUAGCCUUCAAUUUUCCUUGUUCUUUGGAACAGUAUCGCUUCGUGAUGAAAAGUUAUUGUCGCGAAAUCAACAUAUAGCGCUAAUUGAUAUCAGUUUUAUUGACAGCCAGAUUUAUCAAAUUGCUUUAGAAGAAGUUAAGAAAAAAAAUUUUAGUGAACAAACGGCAGGGUGCUUUAUGGUUGAAUCUACAGGAGUGUAUUUUGAGUCGUAUUUCCAUAUUUUAAAAGUUCUUCAAACAACAUUACCAUCAAAUCUUCCUUUUGAAAAAUAUUUGGCACCACAAAUAACCGAAAGUUCCUCUUUUGCGGUUGUUGACCCACCUACAUAUACUCGAGCACCUGGAUUCGUGUUCGAUUUAUCAGUACUACUUAAAGAUAAAAAUAAACGACUUUUACUAAACGUUGCUGACACAUCUUCUCAUGAAACUGUCAUUCGAAAUCUUCAAGAAUUAAGUAGUCUUGAUAAUACACAAGCGCAAUCCCUUGUAUAUUCUUUAUGUCGAGAAGUUGCUUUGAUUGAAGCAAAUAAGAAAACUACAAAAAUAGGGCCAAUAUUGACAAUUUGUUUUACUAAUCAUGCAUUAGACCAAUUUCUUGAGGCUGGCAUUACAAAAAUUGUACGAUUAGGCAGCAGAUCAAAGUCUGAAAUUAUUAAGAAUUUCACUAUAGAAGAACUAUGCCAAAAUCGCCCUCAUUCCAAGGUUCAAAAACAUAUGUUAUAUGAAGGAUAUGAAGAACUUAGAAGAAUUCAAGAAGAAGCCGAAGAAAUACUAGAUAAUUUUUCUCGCAGAUGGUUAAGUUGGGGAAAUAUUGCGGGCUAUUUUGGAAGUGACUUGGAUCUUGCAGAGAAAUGGGCUAAGAAUUUUCAAACUCGAGAAGCUAAAAACAAUAUGAAAGCUAAUGAAGCUAGUGUUAAUUUAUUUGAAGUUCUUGGGCACUUUAAUAAUGAAGAAGAAUUUUCUACUGAAGAUAUUGAGGAUUCUGAAGCUGAACGCAAUAUGGAAGAUAAUGAAUCUAAUAUUAAUACAUCUGAAACGCUUAAAUACCUUAAUAACGAAGAAGAAUUUUCUACUGAAGUUAUUGAAGAUUCUGAAACUGAACGUAAUAUGGACGAUAAUGAAGAUAACGAGGAAGAAUUUGCUACCAAAGAUAUUGACGAUUCUGAAAAUUUAAUGCUAAAUUGGCUUCUUUCUUGGGUUAAACCCGAAGGUAAUCGACCUUUGGAAGACCUUAAAGAUGAUCCUAAUGUUUGGCAAAUGUCUAGGGUCGAAAGAAUAAAAUUACAUGAUUUUUGGAAGGAGAGCAUUCAAUCAGAUUAUAUUGAACAACUUGUCAACAUUAAAAAACAAUACGAAGAGAAAAAAAAUACCAUUGAUAAAAUUUACGAUGAAAAGCGUCGCCAAGUUCUUCGCGGUUGUGAUGUAAUUGGGAUGACGACAAACGGAGCAGCAAAAUUUCAAACUUUAAUUCGCUCUAUAGGACCACGAAUAAUUAUUUGCGAAGAAGCAGGCGAAGUCCUGGAGGCACAUAUUUUGAGUUCACUAACGCCAGCGACGCAGCACAUGAUCCUUAUUGUUGGAAGCAAUUACGCUCUUGAUAAAAGUCUAUUUGAGCGUCUUGUUAAUGGUGAUCAGGCAAUGCGUCUAGAAAAAUCGCAAUUAUGCACACAAAGGAGAAUGAGAGGAGAAAUUUCUGACUUAAUCCGGUACACUCUUUAUAAAGAACUUGUCGAUAACGAAAAUACUAGUUAUCCAGACGUACGCGGUGCUCAGAGAAAUGUUUAUUUUAUGGAUCAUCGUCAUCCUGAAGAUUCCGGUGAAAAUGAUUUUGCAGUGAACUCACAUUCAAAUACUUAUGAGGUUAAGAUGGUAAUAGGGCUUGUUAAGCAUUUUGUUCGCAAUGGAUACAAUAAACCGGGUCAAAUCGCGGUAUUGACACCAUAUCUUGGACAACUCAUUAAAAUAAGAGAUAUGUUAUCAAAAUCAUUUGUUGUGGUAAUCGACGAACGGGACGAUCAAUUAAUUACUAAUAUGGAGGAAAGCAUAGAUGCUGAAAAUAAAAAUACAGAUGGCGGGUCAGUGUCUUCUAUUGAAAAUAUAAAUACUGUCGCUGAAAAGAAAAAAUUGUCGCAACAGGUUGUUCUUCGUACAGUUGACAACUUUCAAGGAGAAGAAGCAGAUAUAGUGAUUAUAUCACUUGUUCGUAACACGAGAAAGGAGAGUGACCGUGGGAAUAUUGGCUUUUUGAAGUCAACAAAUCGCUCUAAUGUUCUUUUAUCUCGUGCAAAACAUGGCAUGUUUCUUUUGGGCAAUGCAGAUCUUAUGGAAAGGCAUUCUGAUUUUUGGAAGAAAGUUUUGGAAAUUUUACGCAAACGUGGUCAGAUCGGACCAGGAUUCCCGAUUGUAUGUGCUCGACACCCAGAAUAUAAGAACAACAUAUAUGAAGCAAGCCAAUUCGAAGAAAUUUCUCCUGAUGGAGGUUGUUUCGAGCCUUGUUGCCAACAGUUGAAAUGUGGGCAUACAUAUGACCCGCAACAUAUUGGUGUUUCUUGCCAAAAAGCUUGUAUGAGAUUAUAUCCGGAUUGUCAACAUCCUUGUAGAAAUAAAAUGUGUUGGGAAGAUUGUGGUGAUUGUCUUUGGCCAAUUGGAAGCAUUACAUUGCCAUGCGGGCACGAAUAUAAAAAUGCUAAGUGUUUCCAAAAUAAAAAUAUAGAUAAAGUACUUUGCAAUGAAAAAGUACUAAAGAAAUUGCCUAAUUGUGAACAUGAACAUUUAAUGAAGCAUGAGGGUACUUGUAACUUGCCAUGUGGCGUACCUUGCAACCGACUUCCAUGUAAUUUGCGAUGUGAAAAAUUGCUGGACUGUGGGCAUCAAUGUUUUGGCCUUUGUGGCGAGAAAUGUCCUCCAUCAAAAUAUUGUGCAGAGUGCACUACAGAUGAUAAUGUCAAAAAUCAAGUUGUUGAUCUAAUUAUGCAAGAAACCUUUGCAGAAGUAGAUUGGACUUCCGAGAGAAUGGUCGUCUUAGGUUGUGGUCAUGUAUACACAGCAGACAGCCUCGAUCAUCUGAUGGAAAUGAAGGAAUGUUACGAAAUGAACGACAAAAACAACAAAUGGAUCCGGAUCAAAACAAUUACUUCACAACCAAGUGAUCCUAAAAGUUGUCCGCAAUGCCGUGCUCCCAUUAAAAAUAUUUGUCGUUAUGGAAGGACAACAAAAAAAAAUGUUUUGGAUGUUCAAACCAAAAAAUUCUUGGUGAAAUAUGGUAAUCAACUAAAAAAUCGACAUGCAGAUAUAACAAAUGCUACAAAACAACUAGGGAUUAAACGAAUGAAAUUUUUAAAAGAAAUUCAAAUACCGUUGAAAGAUAAAGAAACGAAAAUUAUAAAAAGAGAUUCAGUGUUGCAAAAACUUCCGGAAAUUAUAUCAACAGAGCAAUAUAUAUUUCUUGAUCAAUAUUCUAUUCCAUUAAUGCAUGAAAAGAGAUGGAAGCAACAUAUAUCCGUACUUCUUGUCAUAUAUCGAGAGUUGAUUCAACUAAUGUUGGAAACAAAAUCUCCUCCGCAUAAACGUGCAUACGAGAAUGCAGUAUCUCUUUUGUAUGAUUACAAAACUCGAAUUAAUAUAUGUGAUCUCGGCAAAAAUUUCGUGUCUUUGGAUAAUUCAAAUUAUGACUCUCCCGUUCAUCAACAUCUUAAACUUCAAGAAACCUUGGCGGAAGUUGGGUUAAGUGCUCCAAAAAUGGACGUCAGAAUAUAUCUUGAUGCAUUUUUGGAAAUAAUUAAUAUUCAAAAAGUUAUUUUCCAUGAAAUUUCCCUGAUUAUCCCAGAGUUGUCAAAAAUAGCAGUAAUGGGAAAUCAAACUACUUCUUAUGAAAAAAAUUGGAUUGAAUUUGGCGAAGAUAUAAUCGUAUCAAUUAAAAAGCAUCUUGAUAUUAUAAUUACGACAGCUCAACAAAAUAGUUAUCUUCGUCACGCUAUUCUGACGUCGUUGGAGUUAGCGGAAGUUGAGUGUAAAGCUGAACGAUUUAGGCUCAAAUAUCCUCCUGCAGGCCAAGUAACUCCUAUUAUUCAACGGUCUGUCAAAAAUAAAUGUUCUGAAAUUGAAAGGACAUGUGAACAUAUUUGUAAUGAAAUGCUUCCUACAAUGAGUGCUGAAUAUUUUGAAAAACAAUGCAAGUCAAGAAUUGAUAAAAUUCUUCAAGAGGUUUCGGACCUUCGAGAUGCAGCUAUGAGGGAUAGACCUUUAACACAUGAAGAAAAGCUGGAAAUAAGUAAAGCAAUGAAUAGCGAAUUUCGGGGAUCAGGACAUUGGUACCAGUGUCCAAACGGCCAUCCUUAUACAAUAGGUGAAUGCGGAGGUGCCAUGGAAGCUAGCCGGUAA